UGAAGACAACAAAAUGAUGUCUCGUGUGCUCACAUGUCUCCUCUUGUUGACCUUCGCUCAUACGGAUGGCCAGAGGUCGUCAUCAGACGUGCGCCAUCUGCCAGUUCAAGCGGGCCAAAAUGUGACUUUGGAGUGCUUCCACAAGGAAUACAUUUUCGGCAUUUCCUACUGGUACAAGCAAGCGCCUGGGAAGAAACCGAAACUGCUGGCCAGCUCAUACAUCAAUGGUCAAGAGAGCAAACUUUAUGGUGAAGUAAAGCAGCACCCCCGCUUCAACCUGACUUCUCUCCCCGACAGGAACUGUUUGAACAUCUUAGAUGUGCAAGCGUCAGACUCAGCAACCUAUUACUGCAUAAUUCACAGUUUGUCUGUCUCUGAAUUCCAUGAGGUCAUUCUCAUGGAGGUGAGAUCGUCCACUUGGGCCAUCCCAGCAUCAGUGAAUCAGUCAGCAUCCAAGAGCAUCCGGCUUAGAGGUUCUGUGACUCUAAGUUGCACCGUCCAUACCGAGUCAUCCUGUGACGAGGAACACCAAGUUUACUGGCUCCGGGGUGACCUGGGUUCCAGCCCAGGGAUAGUUUACACAUCCAGAGGGAGUAGGAUGAAUGGGAGCUGCGUCUACGAGCUGCCGAUGAGCGGACUGAAUGACUCAGACGUGGGGACGUACUACUGCGCUGUGGCAACAUGUGGACACAUCCUAUUUGGAAACGGCACCACGCUGGCCUUUGAAUGUGACACAGUGCUGGUGCACAUCUUGAGUGGAGCUUUGGCCUCCUCAAUCUUGCUGAUUGUCAUCUUGGCCUGCAGCAUGAACAAGACACAGACCUUGGGUCAGGCAGACCCACAACAAGCAUCACCGCCUGCCUUGGCUCCAAAGGAACAGGGUGAUGAAGACACAGAUCUCCAUUACACCGAUUUGAGCGAUCAGAAGGUCAGAAGGUUGACCAGACAGAGGGACGUCUCCGCUGAGUGUGUGUACUCAAGUAUCAAGCAGUAGAAGGCUCGUGUUGUAUGACAUUAGUGUGAAUUUUGUUUGUGUGACAUUGUACAAUAAAUUCCCAGCCUCAAGUCGUACGGGACAAUGUGCUGCUUGUGCACUACCAAGACACACUAUC